CACCUCCGCAGUGUCGCGCGCACCCGCUGACAUGAGAGAGCCUCGUCACAUCAAGCAAAAGCUACUGUUGAACUGAAGGCACCAUGGCCACACCAACAUCUCUAGAUCCAGAUUUGGUUCGGGAGGUGCUGGAAUGCCCCAUUUGCCUGGAGACCUACAACCAGGAUCAGCUUCGACCCAAACUGCUACAGUGCGGUCACUCCGUAUGUCGCCAGUGCCUUGAGAAACUCCUCGCCAGCACAAUAAAUGGUGUGCGCUGCCCCUUCUGCAGCAAGGUGUCUCGUAUGAGCAGCAUUUCCCAGCUGGCUGACAAUCUCACCGUGCUGAAGAUCAUUGACUGUGCGAGUUCAUGUGGCUCUACCAUGGGUCUCAUGUGCAAGUCUUGUAAAAACCGCCUGCCCCGGCAGUACUGCAGUGAUUGCAGCAUCGUGUUGUGUGAUAAUUGUAAAAACGAGGGCCAUCAGCGCCAGGGCCACGUCGUACAGGCCAUUCGCGUGGCUGCCGAACAACGGCGGAAGGACAUCAGUGGGAAGCUUUCUAACUUGCGGGAGGCAAUGGGAAAUAUUCAGAAGAAGAAGGCAGCUAUCGACAAUGUGACAAAAUCACUUAGACUGAAGUACAAGGCUGUACAGCAGGAGUACGCCAAGGCUGAGUUGCGUCUCCAAGAGGAACUUGGCCGCUCGCGCCGUGCCUUUGCCUCCUCCUUGGCCGAAAUAGAGAAACUCAACGCCCAGAUUCUGGAGGAGCAGACGUACCUGCUCAAUAUCGCUGAAGUGCAGGUGGUGUCUAGAUGUGACUACCUAACCAUGAGGAUCAAGCAGACGGAUAUUGCUUUACUGGAGGAGGGGAGCAACAAUGAAGAAGAAGAGUUGGAAUUAAAAACGAAUUUACCCGUCAUUCUGAAACUACAAGACCCUGAAUUUGUUAAAACGGACUGCUCGAAAUCCUUGGACGUGGGGCAGCUGACCACAAAACCCUGCACUGUCAAUGCCGAGGAGGAAGACGGACUUGAUUUCGCCACUUCCGCUGCCGCCCCUUUGGACAUUUACCGUGAUAUUGACAUGGAAACGGCCGUCGAAGAGGCCGUUUGCGCUUCUCCCGGUAGCUUCAAGUCCAAGUCUGUCGACGGAGGGGGGCCUUCUCCAGGAGCUUCUGGUGGCCAACUCUGUCAGUUUGUGAAAAAGAUGGGUUGCAAGGGCAAUCUGCCGGGCAUGUUCAACCUGCCAGUAAGCAUUUGCGUCACGCCGCAGGGCGAGGUGCUCGUGGCCGACCGAGGGAACUACCGCAUCCAGAUCUUCAACCGCAAGGGCUUCCAAAGGGAGAUUCGGCGCAACCCGAGCAGCAUCGACAACUUCGUCUUGAGCUUCCUAGGUGCCGACCUGCCCAACCUCAUCCCGCUCUCCAUUGCGAUCACUGCUCAGGGCCUCAUUGGUGUCACCGAUAACUACGACAACUCUGUGAAGGUUUACACCACCGAUGGCCACUGCAUCGCCUGUCACAAGAACCAGCUCAUCAAGCCAUGGGGAAUCGCGGCCAUGCCUUCGGGCCAGUUCGUUGUGUCAGAUGUGGAGGGGGGAAAGCUUUGGUGCCUGGCCGUGGAUCGUAACGUAGGGGUUGUGAAUUACAACCGCUUAUGUUCGGCCGUCAGGCCCAAAUUUGUAACUUGCGACUCCUCAGGUACAGUCUACUUCACACAGGGCUUGGGUCUAAACAUCGAGAACAGACACAACGAACACCACCUCGAGGGGGGUUUCUCAGUCGGCUCGGUGGGAAUGGAUGGCCAGCUGGGAAAGCAACUUAGCCACUUCUUCUCGGAGACCGAGGACUUCCGAUGCAUCACCGGCAUGUGCGUGGACUCUAACGGGGACUUGAUCGUGACGGACAGCGGCCGUAAGGAGAUACUACAGUUCCCUAAAGAAGGUGGCUAUAAUAUUCUUAUUCAGGAGGGGCUAACGUGCCCUGUAGGUGUGGCUGUUACCCAGAAGGGACAACUGCUCGUCUUAGAUUGCUGGGACCACUGUGUGAAGGUCUACACUUACUUGCAAAGGAGACGUUCCUCUACAUGUUAAGACUGCUGUGUGGACAAUUUAUAAGACUCGUCACUUUAAUUCAAUGGCUUCAUUACAAAUGCGUUUGCUUCUCAGUGAUUUCUGACCUGUGGCUUGCAGUGGCCGGGAUCAGGCAGCUAAGCCGCAAGCAUUCACCACUGCCAUGGAGCAACUGGAUGAUGGCUUAUGUUUAUUAUUAUGGACGAUUUGGGCAAAUGGAUUUCGAAAUAUAGCACAACUGAUGGCAAUAACUGACAAUGUUGUUCUUUAUGUGUGCAAGUCAGUUCUCAUAUGUUAUUUAUGGGUUUCACGUGCUGCUGUACAGGCAUUAAGAAGGUGUUUUGAGUUACUGAAAAGGUCUUUUUAUAGUUGCUAUAAAUUAUAUUAAAGGAAUAUUUCUGUUUUAAUACAAGUGAGGCUUAAUCUAAAGCAUUUGUGUCAUGGUGUUGACAGUCACAAAAAAAAAAAGAAAAGGCAAAAAUAAAAGUUAUUGUGAGACAGGUACUAUGUAGAUGGGGUCAGUUUAGGAGGACUUAAAAGCAGAAAUGUGAAGCUUAUACUUUUAUAAAAUCACUAUAUUUAUUUUGUUAUUGUGGCAACAAAAUAACAUUGGAUAUAACUUUACAUAGAUAAACACUACAUUCUUGAUAACACUUUUUUUUUUUUUUUACAUCUUAAUUUACUUCUUAAACUGUGAGUUUUAAAAUUUACAGAUUGGCCCAGUCCACCUCCAUUGUAAAUGCUUCGCUGUAACAAUUUUUUGCCUUUUUUAAAGUAAUUAUGUUGUUUUUUUUGUUUUUUUGUUGUUUUUUUGGAAAUGAUCAACAUAAUGUCACAAGUGUUGGCUGAGCUCAAUCUGUAUUGAACCCAUAAUAUUCCUUGAAUGGGAAGGAUUGAUGUGGAAAACAGUGCUGACUCAAAACACUUCUGUGAGUGUCAUGUUCAUGUGUAAUUGUUGUGAUGACUUCCCAUAAUGCCCUCACUAUUAAAGUGCCCCCUUCAUACCUGAAAUCUGUGUCAGUAAAGGACUUUCUGAUUUAUGUAAUAGUAUGAAUCUUCUACAUAUUAAAGUACAGUUACACUAAAGAAUAAGUUUGAAAAAAUGUCAUUGUUACUACAAAGAUAAAAAGAUAAUUAUCUCAAUCAACUUGUCUGUUCCUGUUAAUCAUGUACUGUGAAUUGAUUUGUAGUGUACUCCAGUUUGUGAUAGCAUUACUCUGCAGGAACCAAAGGCAUGUUAAAUUCAGGAGAUAUUUACUAGCCUAUCAUCAGAGUAACUGCAAUAGUUUAACUGAAGCAGGGAAAUGACUCAGCAAUUUACACACUAUAUUAAAUCAUACAUGAUAUUAUGUUUUGCAUUGAAGUGUCCUUGUAUCUAAGAGGUGGAUCUUAAAACUCCUGCUUGAAAGCUUUAGAAAGUGCUGAAUUCUCUGUCUUAUAAUCCUGAUUUUCACAUGGGUCUGUCAGUUCAAAUGUGUUCUGGAGCAGAUUAAGGCUAUAUAAAAUAUUUUAAAAAAAUCAAUUAGAACAGAAACCUGUGACCACAGUUCAUAACACAACUCAAAUACGCAUUGCAUUCUGCAGUUGCAAAGAAUAUUAUAGUGGAUGUUAGUGCAAACGUAUCCUUUUAUAUUUUAUAGGUACUCAACUACUGUCACUAUCAAGUCAUAACAUAUCCAGUUAAAUGGCACAGACAUUUAAAGCCAACUAACGUCACCCUCUUGAGCACUGAGGUUUGUUACUGCCAAACAACGCAAGAUUGAUCACAAGUUGGUAGUGUGCUGCUAGCCAUGCAAUUGCAUCUGUGAAACAUAUUUUUCUGGCCUUAUGUUUUUUGUUUUUUGUUUUUUAAAGCAUUUGUACAUAACCAAGAUAUGCAGACAACCUGCAUUGGCCUUAUAACAAAUGCACUCUCCCUGCACAAGAGAUCCAGAGAUACUAGUAAUGUGCGCUGUCAAGCUAUUAGAAAAGAAUGGAACAUGAUUUUCAUUGAGUUGCCCAGCCAUGUUAUAAGACCACUUUAAUGUAUGCCUUUACAGAACGACACUGCAGGCAGAAUUAAAAUAAAUCAGUUUAAAAUAAAUCCAUCUUGCUUUGACCUUUAAGAAAAAUACUUAAAUCACACAAAUUCUGUUGAAAUGCAAGAGUAAAGACACAAUGGAAAUGAAAAUAAUAUAACAAACACCUUUUAUUCACCUCCUUCUGCCAAUUUGUUUAUCUUGUUUGGCUUGGUUAGGGAUUGUGCUCAUCCUUUUAAUGGCUCUCACUUAAUGUGUCACAUAUGUAAUAUAAUUUAUACAAAGUAUUUCUUUUUUUCCCCUACAUUUUUUCCAGUAUAUAUUGCCAUCACCUUACUCUGUCUAGUCAUUGACAAAUUGAUUUCUAAUUAGUCUCAGGUAUCAAUACAUGUACCUUUUCCAGUAAACACAGGAGUAUGCAGUCAUCUCAAAUAGCUCGAGAUAUGCUAACCAAAUCUGUGUGAUUGAAAAAUAGUUAGAGGAAUUACUGCUAUUAAAAGAUCUGGUAAGCAUAAUCUUGGAUGUAUAAAGCAACAUGAAGAAUGAGACCCAGGUCUUUUGUUACUUAUUUUUACUUCUAGCAACGCACAAAGCUCCAUCCACAAUGCAAGAUCUACUUUUGUCCUUCUGUAAACACUGAAGAAUUGAAUUGAAGUCCAUCAUGAGUGAUUUUUUUUUUUUUUUUUUUUUUUUUUUUUUAAA